AUGUCAGAGGAAUGGCCAAAAAAAUAGAUUGAUAAAUACAUCAUUGUGAAUAAAAAGUUAGGAAGCGGUGCUUUUGGUACUGUGUAUAGAGGAUUUAAAAAAAAUGAUGAAACGAAGCAAGUUGCUGUUAAGGCGAUAUCAAUUGCUAGUAUCAAAGACUCAUCUAAGAUGGUGGAACACAUCAAAAGAGAGAUCUCCAUUUUGUAAUAGGCAAAUAAUCCUCAUAUUGUUAAAUUGUUUGAUGUUGCCAGAACACCUCACUAUUUGUAUCUAUUUUUGGAAUAUUGUCAUGAUGGCGAUUUGAAGAAGUACUUAUCAACAAAAUACGGCAGGAGAUUAAGCGAAGUUGAGGCAGUCAUCUUUCUGAAACACCUGGUAGAAGGAUUCCGAACCCUGCAUUAACUAAAAAUAAUUCACAGAGACAUCAAACCAGCUAAUAUCUUGUUGCAUAAAGGGGUAGCUAAAAUUACUGAUUUUGGUUUUGCCAGAGUCAUCGACACUGGAAUGAAUGAUCCUGCCUAUUUUUCGAGAGUAGGAUCUCCCUUGUACAUGGCCCCUUAGAUAUUGGAAGGACAACCGUUUUCCUCUAAAUGCGAUGUAUGGUCAAUGGGAGUGAUGCUAUUCGAAAUGCUCUAUGGAAAGCCUCCCUGGGAUGGAGACAAUCAAUACAAUUUGCUUUAGAAUAUCAAGAAAAAUAUAUUAGUUAUCCCUGAUGCUCCAGUGCGAAGUGAUAAAAUAAAGGAACUAUUAAAGCAUAUGUUAGUAGUUCAAGAGAAGGAGAGAUAUUCUUGGGAAUAAAUUUUCAAUCAUGAAAUAAUCCAGAUCUAGGAAGUUCAAAUAAAAAAUAAUUUGGAGUAAUUGUUGAAGGAGAAGGACGAAUUGUCACGUUCUGAGAGUCUCAAUAAAUUAUACUUAGAAAUGAAUCUAGUUAUCGGCUAUUUAGACUAGCCUGAGUAGAUUCCUUAAGAAGCAUAAUCUCCUCAACUAACCCAAGGUAAUGACGAGAAACAGUCCCUCGAUGAUGUCGACCAUGAAAAAGUAUCUCAUUUAUUUAUUCCUUUAAAGGGGUUGAAAAUUAUUAAUUAAUAUGAGACUGAAUAAAAGCGUAGAAAGGCCAUGUUGAAAUACAACACAUACUUUUUGUUUGAAAGAAACAUUGCUUUCUUCUUCAACUAUGUGAUCCAAAAAAUAAUCAAGAUGUCACAUUAAGGAGUGCUUAAGUUGACUCAAGAAUUAUAUUAUUCAACCAUCUUUUGUAUUUCCAAAAAUCAGAAUGUACACCUCAAAAGAAUGCAUGACCAAUUAAUGUCCACCAAUCCCGAUAAAUUUGACAGAGAAACUUGGGGUAGGUACUUAAUAAGUUAAGAAUAUAAGAAAAUAUUAACUGUCACCAAGAAUGACAUUAAACAUACUGAGGAUUUCUAUCUGGAAAUUUACAAAAAGGAAUAACAAAUUAAUGACAAAGAACUGACUUAACCUGAUAACAAAAGGGCUGUCAAAAUAAAAUAAGUCUUGGAUGUAAAUUUCAAUUCAAAUACUUUCUUCUAAUAACUGUAUCAACAAGUUGUACAAGAAUGCUUAGAAAUUAUUAAAACUUAUAUUAAAUAAACUAAGGAUUCUGACCCUUCAUAUAAAGAUUUACUUUUAUUGGGGUGGUUUUUUGUAAUAUGCUUGAAUCCAUACUUAGAAUUUAAAGAUAUAAAUAUGGACUUUAAUUAAUUUUACGAAGAAAUGCAAAUAUUAACAGAAACAUAAUUAUUAGAAAAGAUCGGUAAGCGUUUAGAUUUAUGA